AUGGUGCAAGUAGAAUUUUUGGUAAAAGAUUGCACUGUCGAAGCAAGAAAUGCGGUUCAAGAAGAAUGCAAGAAUUUGCAAAUUGACGAUUAUGAAUGGGACGACACGAUCGGUCAAUUAAUUGUGAAAAGUUCACUUCCACCUUCUGAAAUUCUUCAUCAUCUAGAAACAGCUACUUCCAAGCCAAUCCUGAUUCGCGGUGCUAGUUCCCAAGAAGAGUCGGGAGUCUGUAUUCUCUAUGACAAUACAGAAGACCUAUCUUCAGUUCCAAAAGUCCAUGGUUUAUGCAGAUUUAUUCCUACAGAGAACCGAGUUUACUUGGACUUGGUUGCAACCCAAGUAGAACCCAAUACCGAAUACGUCGCUGAAGUUGCUGUUUCGGGAGACAUCUCUCGUGGACUAAAAUCUGUUGGCGGAGCCUUUGCUUCCCUUGCAUCCAUCUCUUCUAAUGAUGCUGGAAAAAUUGCUUUUUCUCAAGAAGUCAAUGGUACCCUGCAAGAUUGGAUUGGUCAUGCAUUCGUAUUAAAAGCCACCAACGAUUCUUCCAAUGGUGUCUUGGGAAUUAUAUCUCGUAGCGCUGGUGUCGGUCAAAAUACAAAAAUCAUUUGCGCUUGCUCUGGUAAGAGCUUGUGGGAGGAGCAUGCUGAAUCCAACGUGUCUUCCUCGGAAGCGUCUUGCUGCAAAAAAGAAGUUCCAAAAAAGAAAUGCUGCUGUUAA